AUGUAUGAGUUAUCACAGAAUUUUAUAGAAAACUUGCACCAGAAAUAUGACAAAGCUUUAAACGCGGGUAUUAUUCAGUUUAAUGGUGAUCUUGCAGAGAAUGAAAUAAUUCAUAGGAGAAUACACAACUCAACAAUUGAUUUUCAGUUGACUUUGUUAAAAUCCUUGAUGCAUAGACCAGAGAAAGGAACAAAGGAAAAGGAUCCAUUUGCAAAGCCUGAGCCAGAACUCACCAUUGAAGAUACUUUCGGAAAUGACGGUGAAUUCAAAAUUUUGUUUAAUAAGUUUCCUGUUAUUCCAUAUCAUUUUAUGCUUGUGACUAAAACAUUUAUGUCUCAAAACACCCCAUUGAUGCCACAAGAGCUCUUUGCAAUUCUCAAAAUAUUAUUAAAGCUUAAAACAUUAGAUUCUCAAAGAAAAUGGUUUUCAUUUUACAAUUGUGGAGACGAAAGCGGAGCGUCCCAGCCCCACAAACAUAUUCAAUUUAUGACUUUUCCAGAGAAUGAUUUUAUACCAUUUCCUGAAAUGCUAGCAGAUGCUAGUGACACACACGUUCCGAAAGCAGGAAUGGAGCCAUUGCAGAGUCCUGACCUUCCCUUUGCCCAUUUUGUGGCAAAGCUACCGAGUGACCUCAAUGACAUGGAUGAAGAAGAUAUUGGAAUGUAUUUCUCCUUUCUACUUCAAAGGACUUUAACUGUACUUAGAGAAAAUAAUGCGAAGAGUAUAUCGUAUAACUUUUUGAUGACCACAAAGUAUAUGAUGUUGGUUCCGAGGUCAUGUGGGAAAUAUAAGGAACUAGGAAUUAACUCAUGUGGAGCGAUAGGCCUUUUUUUGUGCAAAAAUGAGGAACUUUUUAAUAUGAUUAAAGAAGAUGGACCAGAGGCAAUACUUGAACAAGUAGGUUUCCCAAAUACUUCAGGCGAAGAUGCUACUGAGUAUCACUAUUAA